GUAGUAGUAUCCAAACCACCCAAUGAGAUGAAUCCCUAUAUCUUCAACCAGACAUUCCUUAUCUCAUCCACAAAAACACACACCACACACACUAAACCCCCACCAAAUAUUUAAUCCCAACUUUACUUGAUUUCCCACCACCACUAUCACUAACAAGAAAAAAUGGCCGCCAUGACCUCCGCCGCCGUCUCCAUCCCAUCCUUCACCGGCUUGAAGUCCGGGUCCUCCAGCUCCUCCGCCAAGCCCGCCUCGGUCCGCAUGGCCGCCCCCAGGGCGUCCGUGCGGGCGUCCCUGAGGGACUUGGGGCUGGCGGUGGCCGCCACGGCCGCCACGGCCAUCGUGGCGAGCAACGCCCUCGCACUGGAGGUGACCCUCGGGAGCGACGACGGGGGGCUGGUGUUCAUCCCGCAGGACUUCGAGGUCGCCUCGGGGGAGAAGAUCGUGUUCAAGAACAACGCCGGGUUCCCGCACAACGUGGUGUUCGACGAGGAUGAGAUCCCCGCCGGCGUCGACGCCUCCAAGAUCUCGAUGUCCGAGGAGGACCUCCUCAACGCCAAGGGGGAGACCUACGCCGUCACUCUCACGGCGCCCGGGACUUACUCCUUCUACUGCUCUCCUCACCAAGGGGCCGGCAUGGUCGGAAAGGUCACCGUUAAGUAGACGACGUCGUGUCGUGCCACCGCAAAUUAAAUGCUCAUGUGAAUCGUCUCAUUUUUGUAUUUGAACUCUAUGUAUGAGAUGAUGAUUAUGAUGAUCA